ACCGCCUCUACGGCUCUGAGCCUAUGUGGGCUGACCCACAUCAUGCUGCGGAUUUCGCCUCUUCGGCUGCUAUGGUGCACCCGGUCCAGUAGGGUCUCGCUCCUGAAGGUCUUUGGCUCACGGCACUACGGUUCGUGCCCUCUUGGUGUCGGCAAUGAGGUCCGCGAAGGGCGCGCCUACUUCACGACGCCCAUUUUCUACGUUAACGCGGCGCCACACAUCGGGCACCUGUACUCUGCUCUACUGGCGGACGCCCUUUGCCGCCACCGUCGUCUCCGGGUUCCCGUUGCCUCCGCCACGCGAUUCUCCACUGGCACUGACGAACACGGCCUGAAGAUCCAGCAGGCGGCAGCCAUUGCGGGCUUGGCCCCGGCCGAGUUGUGUGACCGAGUCUCUGCCCAGUUCCAGCAGCUUUUCCGGGAGGCUAAUAUCGCCUCCACCGACUUCAUCCGCACUACCGAGGUGCGGCAUCGCCUGGCUGUGCACCAUUUCUGGGAGGUGCUGAAGGCCAGGGGUCUGCUUUACAAAGGGCUUUAUGAAGGUUGGUAUUGCGCUUCGGACGAGUGCUUUCUGCCUGAGGCCAAGGUCACCCGACAGCAGGGCCCGUCCGGGGUUGCGUGCCCUGUGUCUCUGGAGAGCGGGCAUCCCGUGUCCUGGACCAGGGAGGAAAACUACAUUUUCAGGCUUUCCCAGUUCCGGGAGCCGGUCCGGCGGUGGCUGCGGGACGACCCUCAGGCCAUCACUCCCGAGCCAUUCCAUCAUGCAGUUCUUCAGUGGCUAGAGGAGGAGCUGCCCGACCUAUCUGUCUCCCGCAGGAGUAGCCAGUUGCACUGGGGCAUUCCGGUGCCUGGGGACAACUCGCAGACCAUCUAUGUUUGGCUGGAUGCCUUGGUCAACUACCUCACUGUGAUAGGUUAUCCGGAUGCUGAGUUCAAAUCUUGGUGGCCUGCUACCUCUCAUAUAAUAGGCAAAGACAUUCUCAAAUUCCAUGCUAUCUAUUGGCCUGCCCUCCUCAUAGGGGCUGGCAUGAGCCCUCCACGUCGCAUCUUUGUCCACUCCCACUGGACAGUCUGUGGCCAGAAGAUGUCCAAGAGCUUGGGCAAUGUGGUGGAUCCCAGGACUUGCCUUGACCGCUACACUGUGGAUGGCUUCCGGUACUUUCUUCUUCGGCAGGGUGUCCCCAACUGGGACUGUGACUACUAUGAUGAAAAAGUGGUUAAGUUGCUGGACUCGGAGCUGGCAGAUGCCUUGGGAGGUCUCCUGAACCGAUGCACUGCCAAGCGAAUAAAUCCAUCUGGGACUUACCCGGCCUUCUGCACUGCUUGCUUUCCCAGGAAGCCAGGGUUGGUGGCGCCAAUGGUUCGUGCUCAGGCAGAGGACUAUGCUCUGGUGAGUUCAGUGGCCUCUUUGCCCAAGCAGGUAGCAGAGCACUAUGAUAACUUUCAGAUCUAUAAGGCUCUGGAGGCAGUGUCCAGCUGUGUUCGGCAGACUAAUGGCUUUGUUCAGAGGCAUGCACCAUGGAAGUUGAACUGGGAGAGCCCAGUGGAUGCACCCUGGUUGGGUACUGUGCUUCAUGUGGCCCUGGAAUGUUUGCGAGUUUUUGGAACUUUGCUCCAGCCAGUCACCCCAACUCUAGCUGACAAAUUGCUCUCCAGGUUGGGGGUCUCUGCCACAGAGAGGGGCCUUGGAGAGCUCCAUUUCUUGUCUCGAUUCUAUGGACAUCCUUGUCCUUUUGAAGGGAGGAGGCUUGGACCUGACACUGGGCUCUUAUUUCCAAGACUGGACCAGUCAAGGAUGUGGAUGGUAAAAGCCCACAGGACCUAGAAACUCAGUUUUUAUUGGCAUGUGGUAAAAAAGUUAAUGUGUUACUUUUAUGUUUUGCAUUUUCAGGAAAGUUACACUAGUGUUUUCUCAAAGGGUUGCAUCACAUGAGCACAUAAACUAUGUCCCUGUGAAAAGAGGUUUGUAGUCAGUCAGGUUCUUA